GCAGAAGAGGACGGACUGACUUCCGGACGCAGUAGCUGCAGCCGAUACAUGUGUUGUUUUUUGGUAUUUUAUUUUAACUCUAGUUUCAUGUAAAUAACCUGCAGAAUCAGACUGCAACUCCUCGUUGUUCCACACACAGAGAGGCUGAGUCAUGAAUCCCGCGUUUCGAAAGUUGCAGGUGUCUGUCACACAACACGCAUUAGUGUUAAAUCAAGCACUUAAAUUAUGCCGGGCCACACCAUCCAUCCAGCAUCCGGCUUGGGCUUCUGUAAGCGAAAGACAAUUUAAAUCCAUGCCGACCGAAGGGAUUGGGAGGUAUAGACAUCUUGUACCUAGAGAAGCGUCAAAGAAAAGGAAAUAUAAACAGCAGAUGAAACCGAUCGUGGAAACAACAGAAAGAGUGUACGGGUCUCUAAAUGUGAAAGUGUCCGGUUAUGACAUGACAUUGGUGGAGCACUACUCCCAGUACGUCCACAACCUCUGCAACAGGCUUGGCAUCAAAGUGACAGAAAGCUAUGCUUUGCAGACCCAGACCACAGAGGUCAUGCUAAUGCAAGAGCAAGGCACCAAGCUGAAUGUCGACUCCAUCCUAAAGACUCACGAGCGAGUCGUCCAGUUGAACCGUCUGAACGCCUCAUUGUGUCCCAUCUUCUUGGAAGUGCUUUUAAAGAAUCAGCCAGAGGGAGUUCAGCUCUCUGUGAAGGAGCACACCGAGGCUGAUUACAAAGGACGCUUCAAGGGCCGUCCGGAGCUGGAGGGGCUCGUGGCUCAGAUGAACCAAUAGGACCUGUAGACCGCAGAUGUUAAACGUCAUUAGCAAAGGAAUACCGGUUUGAUUUUGUAUAUUUAUUUCCUGGCAUUCCUAUUAAAGAUGAUAAUUUGCAUUGAAAUAA